AUGUCAAGACUGAGAGAAAUUGCGGAUGUGGAGAACAGCAGCCGUACAGCGUUCACAGCGCGAGAGUGGGGCGUGGUGGAGGGAAGCGAAGAAAUCCAAUUUUCGACAAAAGAAGAUGCUUCCUCUCUGGAAAUCUUGCUGAAGUCUGCUGACAUACAACGUGAAGAGGUUGAGGGCCUGGGGGAUGAAACGGAUAGGAUACUGAGAUUUUGCGGUGGGCUUCCGCUUGCGCUGUCCGUGGUUGGCAGAGCGAUUGCGAGACAUCGUGAGAUUGCGAAAGAACUUUGUCUGAAAAAUGUGCUUGAUGAGUACUUGGAGUGUCUGGAAGAUACAUCGUCAAUACUAUUGGACGAAAGAGCGGAUGGGACGUACCUAUACGAGAACCUGUCAAUGGCGUUUGAAGUUUCGCUGUGCAUGAUGGAUCGAAAGAAGACCAGAGGAGAUGGGCAGUUGAUGUCCUACGCCGAGAUGUACGAGUCGCUGGUGGUCAUUCGGCGCCAAGGAUGGUUGCCGUUGAGUGUGCUCUGUUUGUUAUGGAGACGGAAAGGAAAAGCUCAGGCAUUGAAAGUGCUGCACGAAUUCGUGGAGGCCAGUCUAGUGGAACGAAAGGAUGGAGUGUCAAGUGGUCACAAGAUCGCCGGAGUCAGGUUGCACGAUUUGCAGCUCGAUUACGUGCAACAGAGAUGUGGGAAUGGGGGAGAGAAGAGGUGGCAUGAAAAGCUUGUGCAAGAAUGGCAAUGGAACGAGAGUGAGAACAGGCAAGAAGCGCCGCCGUGGGUUUGCGGGAGAGGGUGGAAGAAGGAUAUGGUGGAGGACGAGUAUUUCCGACACAACUUGUGCCGCCAUCUCAAGGGGGCGCAGCUGGGCGAGGAUUUGUGGGAUGUUUUGAGUGAUGCCAGGUGGGUGGCAGAGAAGUUAACUCGGGCAGAGGGGCUAAAUCUUCAAGAGGAUUUCAAGAUUUUGACGGACGUAGCCGGGGAAGACGGAGAACGGUGCGAAGCGGGAGGCAGGCUGUGGUCGUUGCAGAAGAUUGCUAGACAGGCGAGGCUGAGUGCGUCCUUUGUUCGUCGAAGUUCGAGAGAGGUAUUGUUUCAGCUGUACGAUGGUCUGUUGAGAUUCAGGAACGAGUCGGAAGUAAUUGGAGAGUUCUUACGCAGGAUAGAGGAAGUUGCGGAGAAGCCGUGGUUGAAGUCGCUUACACCUGGCUUGAACGUAUCAGGCGCGGUGCAACACAUAUUUCCGGACCAGGGGAGGGUGGUGGGAAUGUCGGGAUGCGCAGCUAAGAACGAAGUGAUCGCUUGGGGGGAUUAUGGGAAGCGUCUGUUUCGUCGGACAUUCCGGGACGGGGAAAUGGAAGAAAACGUGUUGUUUAAAGUGGCACGGGGUGUGAGCAGGUUUUGGUCGGAGAACGGAAAGUACGUAGCGGUAGUACAGGGAGAUGGAACAAGCGUGCAGGUGUGGGAUAUGCAUACAGGAGCUACAGCAAAGCGAGUCGGACAGGAAAUGGAUGUAGGGCACCUGGGCCGUUGCCCUUUUGACUUGACGGGGGAUGGAAAGCGAGUAGCGUUUGGGGGAGAAGAUGGUGUGGUUGUGUUGUGGGAUGUUGAGAGAGGUGUGAAGAUCAAGGAGGCAGCGAAUAUGCGGGGCCAUGUUGUCAAGAAAGUAUCGCUUUCACCGGGCGGGAAACGGUUGGCGUGCACGGGAGAAUGCGGCUCAAACGGGUCAAUUUUGAUACUGUGUGCAGAGACAGGGGAGAUGGUUCGGGUGAUUGGCUUGCCGAGUAUUCGACUAGCCGACUACGUUUGGACCAAGUCGUGGAUUUCGUGGUCGAAGAAUGGAAAGCGGGUCGCGUGCGUGUUCAAGAUGGAACGUAGAAAAAUUGAAGAAACAGUAUCUGAAGCAAGAUUGUGGAUCUUUGACGGGGAAACUGGUAGGAGUAUCGCGGAAAGCGCGCCUUUGGAAUACGUUCGCUGUCUUUCAUGGUCGGAGGACGGGACGCUGUUGUACUGUGGCGAGUACUGUGGCGGGCAGGGUGUGGUGUCGGUAUGGGACGGACGCUCGGGGAAGAGAAUAUCGAAAUUUGAUGAUUUUUGGGCAACGGCAAUAUCUCUGUCCGGGGAUGGGAGAUGGUUGGCUGCUUCCGGUGGCAGGGUGGUUUCUGUGAGGGACACAGAGACCGGGGCAGAAGUACGGCGGCACAUGGCGACACGCGGGCCGGACGUCUUGGGCUGGCUAGAAGAUGGAAAGCGGAUGUUUUCUGCGGAUGUUUCCAAUAUUGUCAUUUGGAGGUGGGAUAAUCUGGAGAGGGUGCAGGAGGAGGAAGAGGAAGUCGACAAGGUCAACAAGGAAGGGCAAGAAUUCACGGCUGUUGCGUGGUCAAGCGAUGACAUAUGUGCUACUGUGGCUGGAGACGGAGACGUAGUGAUGUACGAUGUGAAGACGGGGAAGAAGAUGUGGGGGGAUGCUGAGACACACGUAAGCCCUGUGCAUUGUCUGGAGAUGUCUAGAGAUAGCAAGCGGGUGUUUACGGCAGCAAGAGAUGGAACGUUUGCGAUGUGGGACAGCAAGACGGGCGACAAGUUGUGGGAAGGCGGGGAGGCCUGGGCCAAGGAUGAUUACGCAGAAGCAGAAGCAUGUUGGUCCAAUGAUGGGACGAGGGUGUUCGUGUCGUUUAGAAGGGGGAUGGGGUUGUGGGACGGGAAGACUGGGAACAAGUUAUGGGAGAGAAUCACGGACACCUACAUGUGGAUCGGGUGCAUGGCGUGGGCUGGAAACGACACGAAGAUCGCGCUUGGGGGUAGGAGUAACGGGGGCAGGGUCGUGCUGUUGAGCGCCAGAACGGGAGAGGCGAUCAGGGUGGCAUGUGGGCAUACAGAUGGCGGGGUCGUGCUGCGGGGCGCCAAAACAGGAGAGACGAUGGGCGAUGCCCCCGAACGUGUCCCAGAUUCGGUCGGCCUGAAAUGGGCUGCGGACCAAGGUCUGCUUGAGUUGUAUUCAGACGAAUUUGCAGACGAAGUUCACAUAGAUUGGUUCAACUUUGUGAAGCGGCCCUGGAGAGAAGGUGAAGAAGGUGUGCGGGCUUCGUUCUCUGUUGAGCGGGCUCCGUUCUCUGUUGGGCGGGGGCGGGCUCUGUUCCCUUUUGACUAUUCUGAUUCGGCUGGUCCGGUGAAGUGGUCUCCAGAUGACAAGUGGAUCGCGUCAACUGGAUAUAAUAUGUCUUGGUCUCCAAAUUCUGAUGUUGAAAUUGAUGAAAAUGGGAAACCAAGCAGAGGCGGAGUUAUGAUCUGGAAUUGGGAGACAGGUGUAACAUAUCGGUACCAGCUCUAUGAGUAUGGUUUACCACGCUAUCCGCUGGAAUGGUCUGACGACGGACGACGCGUAGCCUUUGGAAUUGGAAGAGAGCUUGCGAUAUGGGAUAUUGAGACAGGGGUGAUGUUAAGGUAUAGCACAAACAGUGAACAUCUAACGCAUAUUGCUUGGUUCCGGGACGGGUCGCGAAUGGCGACGUUGCGUGGAAGAACGUUACUAAUCCUGUCCGUGACGAGUCAAAGCGUUGUCUGCGAAAAGCAAUACGAUGGUGUUGAGUAUCUCGAAGAGAGCGAUCUGCGCCAGUUCAUCGAUACGAAUGAGGGCACACUCACGGCGGCGGAUCUAGGGAGGAAACUGGAGAGGAAACUGAGGAUUCGGCAAAAGGGAGAUGGAGUGUGCUACAAGACAGGAGAUGACGAAAUCCGCCUAGCAACCGUUGCGGGAUAUCCUUGGUACUGUUCUACUUCAGGUCGGCACAUUGCGAUCCAGGUAGAAAUUGGUUCUUAUGCAAGACUGCACUUUUACGAGCUCUUGGAGUAGUGUGAUUGUAAGUGUGUGAAUAACCACUGGGCAAAAGCGGAUGUCCCGGCCAGGACAGGAGGGGUUGUACCCACGGUGUAUGUAGUAAGGGAUGAUGUGCCAGGAGAAAUUUGUAUGUAUUUGAAGUUGUUUCUAGUUACCCGACGCCUCGAUGCCCCUCUCCGCAAAAAAAGUAGCCGGCACAUCUUUUCUAUGUGUCGCGCGCAGUUGCGUCAGUGUGCGGGGAAUAGUGUCGUCCAACGUAGAGACUGCGCGUAGCGAGACCAGCAAACAAAACUGGAGGCGGAACAG